AUGCCGCUGAUCAUCUUCACUGCGAGUGUGGAUGUGUUCAUGCAGCUAAUUUUGUUAUUUCCUGGCUCAUUCUCAGUGACUUACAAAUCAUGUGUAGACAUCAGAGCAGACAAUGUCUUAGCGGCACUGUCUGACCCGAUUGUGCAAAUAGACAGGGUUCGGCUCAUUGACUACGGCGCAGCCUCCUUUGUUGACUCGGACAAGCGUUCUCACAAUGAAUGCUACCAAGCCAAUAUUAUUCCCGCGCCAGAGGUCAUACUUGGUCACCCAUGGUCAGCUCCCGUCGACAUCUGGUCAAUUGGAUGCCUCCUCUUUGAGCUCGUCACCAACUACCACCUUUUUGGCCAAGAAGGCCCCUAUUCUGCCAAUAUUUACCUGCAGGAUAUGGUCGUCGGGCUGAAUAUUUUAAUGAAAAUGGUUCACUUCUCCGGGUCAGCGAUUUCACAUCAAGAAGACAUAAUAUACACCCUUGGUACCGUACAGACAGAUGAUGUACCAGGUGUAGCCGCGUUCAUGCGUCGUUGUCUAACGUUAGAUUCCGCUUCGCAUGCGAGUGCGCUGGAACUUCUGAAUGACAAGUGGCUCGAGGAUGUGUAG